UCCAAGCAGAGCGGAAACUUCAGAGUUUAGAGUUUAGCUAGGAAGGGUCUUCGUCACUGUGGAAUUGUGUUUUUUUUUUCGUUGUUGCUGCUUGUGUUUGCAUCGAUAUGUGAGAAAUGUUUUGUGGAAAUGAAAAUUUGACUUGCUAUUUCGUAACACACAAGUUAUUAAUAAACCAGGAGUGAAAGUAAAUUGUAUUGAAGGUUGCCUUUGUAAACGUCACACUUUGAAGCAACUCUCUGCAAACUGUUAGAAACCAGACAAAACAUUCUUCCUAUAGGUUAUUUCAUUGAAAUAACACUUCAAUAAUUUCCAAAAUAAAGCCGACACUGUGAUUGUUCAAUGCCCAUCUGAUUAUACGUUGUUCAAAGUACAGACACUGUCAAUACACAACACUGAGAUAAAACACAGAAUGAGCGAUCUUGACGCAGACAGCGCCGCAAAACGGCCCAGACUCAACGACUCGGAUGAUUCUGAUGACGAAAUUUGGUCGCACGCCAUCGAGCAAGACGAAGCAAUCCAAACACAAAGAUUAACUCAACAGCUGCUUCAUCCGGUUUCAUCUCAGGCCACAUUACUAAGUCAACAAAAGCAGGGCAAUAGGCUUUGCGGUGGGGAAGCGUUCAAUACACAGGCAACGCUAAUGGGUACCCAAGUGGCGCCUUCUCGUUCAACUCAAGCAACAGCUCAAGCGAAAGUACUCGCUUUGCCUACAGCAAACCUCCAAGUGUUAUCAGGCCGCACUGACAUGAAUCAGCAAAUGAAAAAUUUGCUUACAGAGUUACGGAAAAGGUCCACUGAGAAACUGUCGUUGCAAAGGGAGCUCAGCGUCCUCAAGUCGAAGAACGCUAACUUUUGCGCAAACAAUUGUAAAAAACGAUUAGACAUUCUAUGCGACGACCUACGCUUCAAGCAAAGAGAAAUCGAAGCCCAACGUAGACGGAUAAAAGAACUGGAGUGCCGCCGUUCUGACAGUCCUCGAAAAACUACAACGGCUAUAGAGGGAUCGACAAAUUCCAUCGAUCUCAUUCCCGUACCCAAGGUGCCGUCAUUAGCCAUCGGUCAGCUGGCUAAAAAGCCUCGAAGGGAGUUUCCCACACUUGCUCUUGAGAAGCUACCCAACACCGAAGUGUUGGACGAUUUUGCCCAAGCUGAUCCUCUGGGUAUUUUUGCCUGCAAGCACUUCUCGAGGUGGUGCAAACAACGGAUCCGCGAUACCGAAGUGACAGAAGGCUAUGUUGACCAUUUACGACAGGUUCUUCCGGCCGUAUUUGAGAAAGUAGUGGCGUCACAGGACUCGGAUGUCAGCACAGCCCUUCUGCUAUUUUUAGCCCACAUCCAGCGUGUGGCCCAAACUAGCGUUACGGCUUGCAUCGACUGGAGGCAACUGUUAUCACAGGCAUCAGGAAAUGUAUCAUUACUUUUAGCACUUUCACGUUUCCUUUCAAAAAGUCUUGAAGCUAUAGCGCUGUUCCCAACAUUGCGUGCAGUGAUCAGUGAUGAGACUAAUUGGCGGCACAGUGACUUUUGUUUGCUUUUGGAUGCUAUUCUUGAGAUGAUUCAAGAUCGACCAGAGAGUUACGAAUCAUCGACAGUUGUCAAGCAAGUGCUUAGAGUCUACCGCGAAGUCCUUGAUAUUAAUACGGACCCGGUAAGAGUCGAACGAAUACUCGUACGCGCUCUCAUGUUGAGCCUUGAUGGAGUUCCUAUUGAGUCGGAGUUGGUUGCCGUAGUUACUCGAGGAGAGGCAUUCCAUCAUCUCGGUGAUGUACUGAAAAAAAUCAUACGUUGUCAACCAACUUUGUCGUAUACUGGUUGUCCAGAGAUGAUGAACAUUGCAAAUGAGUGUUUUAGGGACAGCUAAUAAGAAUAUAGUGAAAAAAUCUAUGAUUCCUAGACGCAGUCAAAUGUCUUGGGGGACAGUUUACCCAUAGAUAAUAUUUUGCUGCGUCACGAUAAAGUAAAGUGUAAGAACAUUUAUCAGAUAAAUAAUUAGUAGGUGCAAAUUGCGGCUAAAUACUCGGAUAUUUAGUCUGUGGUAAAUAUUAUAUACGUGUUCUAUCUAGACGUUUUAAUAAGUUGUUCAUGUCGAGUUGAGGUCUCUCUCAUGCACAAAAGAACAGUGUAUUAAAAACAUGAACAUGUGAUUUUUUUUUAAGAACAAAACUUUGCUGCUUUUACUUUCGCUACCGGUGUGGUGUUCUCACCAAUUGUGGCCAGCUCAGCACUAUCUGCCUCUAUAAUAAAGCUUAUCGUAUGACUAAUUUAAGAAAUUUAGACUAAGAGCUGCUAAAGACAACGAAGCGCUACUGUGUGUUAUAUGGGCUUACAGGUUUUGUGCAACAUUUUGUUGAAAGAUUCUUAGCUAUUUUUUUUUUUUACUUUCAUCGCUAACUGCUUAACGAAAAGCAACUUUCCAAUAGACCUACUCGAAACGAGGAGCUCAAUACGCUGCAAAUAUCCUGCAAAAUUGUGAUAAUAAAUACAUUACAUGUAUAACAGACAACCGUUAUUAUAUGGACGUUGGUCAACUUCAUAUCUCUGCUAGAAUUACAGAUGUUAUGGUAUACUUAUCGUUGAUUUUGAACGUAAGAGCGUUUGACCACAACUCAGCAAAGACAAAAAAUAUCACAGUAACCCGAGGAUAUCUGCUGUAAACGGUGUCGGUUUACCGUAUAGGACUUACAACACAAAUUAUACUGCGGACAAGUACUUUUUGUAUUAAGAAAAAAGAACCUUAUGACGUCAAUAAAAGCAGGCGCACACUCAAUAGCGAAGUUGGCAUAAGCUGCCCUUAAAGGUUCGUCACACAACGCACAAUUUCGAAAAAAAAAGAUGACGGGAUUUGAGCAUGAGGUAAUUCUCAGUUGGUUAACCGUAAACAAAAACUUUCUUUGGGGGAAAGAGCUUUCAAAAAAUCUUCAUCGAACAUAUCGUGCUUUUUGUUGUAGGAGUCGUAGGCCCAUGUACAUGCAGGUUAGUUGAUUUGGCUAAUUGCAGAGUCUAUUACGUGUGUUUGGCAUAAAAAAGACUUUAGUUGUGUUAUAUAAAGUAAAUGCGCCAUCACAAAAGGCCAACUUCUGAGCAAAAUGUUGGAUAAAUAACAUUCUAGUGAAAGAGCUUACUCAAUAGAGAUCGUGUUUGAAGUAGCGUAUCCUAUUAUUCAAAUGAGCUUCAGUAUUGACGGAAUCUAAUAUCUUUUCCCUAACACCUUACAACCAAUAAUAAAACAGAUUGAACGCGUUUCUGAACACAUAAAGUCUAACAGUUAAUCGUAGACCAAGAUCUAGAUGAACAUGCAUCACAAUUAUUUCGAGAUUUUAUUAGCUUAGUUAGCCACUAGUCAGCAUUCAUUUUCGGUCAUAAUAAACUUGCAAAAAAUUAAUUUUUUUUCGAAAUUUCUAUAAAAUUGUGUGCUUGUGUCAGCAAAUUGCAAAAUCUCGUGACAUUGUUUAGGAACCUAGAAAUUCAAAAAGUAUUGAAUAAAA